UCAUUCGCAGACCGACCCGACUUAGCCCGGAGCACCUUUACCUAAAUUCCAACCAUACCAAUUUUAUUUCAUUAAAAAGUUUUAUUUUAUUUAUUUAUUUAUAAUUUUAAUGUACCUUAGUUAGUCAUCUGUUUUGACAAACGAUGUUGCCAGCGGACAGCCAUAUAAAACUAGUUCAUUGAAGAGAGAACCAAACGGUCCUAAGGUCCAAUCGAAACCAAAGCCACCUUUUAGAGACGGAAGAAAGUGAUGGUUGGGAACAUGGGCAUCCUUGUUUUGAUUCUCCUACCGUUUUUGUUAUGCCUGAAAGUACCCAUAUAUUGUGCUCAAGAAGAAGAUCGCACACCCUCAUUUUCUUCACAUAGAACAGUCAUAGACUUAAAAGAUGGCCCAGAAUCAGUGGUAUGGGUGGUUCAGCUCUCUGAUCUCCAUUUCAGUGUUCACCAUCCUGACAGAGCCAUUGACUUUAAGAACCUUGUGCCUCCUGCUCUUUCCAUGAUCAACCCUUCUCUUGUCCUCAUCACUGGUGAUCUCACAGAUGGGAAAAGCAAGGAUUUGUUAGUAAUGAAGCAGAAUGAAGAGGAAUGGAUGGAAUACAAGAAUGUAAUGGAUGAUGUUGUCCAAAGGACUGGACUUGAUAAGAACAUCUUCUAUGAUCUUAGAGGUAAUCAUGAUAAUUUUGGUGUACCUGUGGUUGGUGGUUCGUUUGAUUUCUACUCAAAGUAUAGUAUCAAUGGGCAAUUUGGAAGGAGUGGACAUGUAAAUAGUGUCACUCUUCAGGCUGGUGAGCAGAAAUAUCUGUUUGUGGGGUUGGACAGCACAAUGUCUGUUGGUUUACGAGGCCCAACUAAUCUUUUUGGGCAUCCAACUGACCAACUGUUGACUGAAAUAGACUUGGAGCUAUCACAAUGGGAUUCUCAUUCACCUAAACCAGUGAGCAAGAUAUCUUUUGGGCAUUUCCCUCUUUCAUUUUCAGCAUCCUCUCAAUCUGGGAAGACCCUGAAAGAUAUUUUCCUCAAGCAUUCCCUUUCAGCUUAUGUAUGUGGGCAUCUUCAUACAAGUUUUGGAAAAAACUUAAAGAGGCACCACUUGUCAAGUCAUCUUUUUUUAUCUUCACAGAAGUUUUUCCAGUUUAAUGUACAUCAAAUACCUUCUGAAGGCACUAAGAAUUGUUCAUUUGGAGCCCCACCAGUUGAAGAAUUUUGGGAAUGGGAGAUGGGUGACUGGAGGAAGAGUAGAGCCAUGCGAAUCUUGGCCAUUGAUAGAGGUCAUGUUUCAUUUGCUGAUAUUGAUUUUAUGUCUGGGUCCAAAAAGACUAUUAUAUUACCCACAUUUCCACUUGACUCACGUUUCAUGUCAAAAUCUUCUUCACACCAUGAAUAUGAAUGUGAGCAUAUGCUCCCUUCCUCUUAUGAGACAGUGAGAGCUCUUGUGUUUUCUGUUUCUCCAAUCGUAUCAGUUGUGGCUAAAAUCUAUGAUUCGAGAUAUGGAAACCUUGAUACUGUUAUGGAGGUGCCAAUGACCAAGCAUGUAGAUACAUCCUCCAGGGGAGAUCUUUAUACUGUUCCUUGGAAUUAUAAAGCAUUUGAAGAUUCUUCUGCAGAUAGAUUCUGGCUGCAAAUAGAAGCAACUGAUGUCAUGGGCCGAACAACUAUGACUGAACUUAGACCAUUUUCUAUAAAUGGACUUCAUGCUAAGGUACUGUGGACUUGGAAGGAGUUUUUUGUUAUGGGUUGUCAAUGGGCAGCCUUGUAUUACCCAAUUCUUUGGUUGGCUAUGUACUUUCUACUCUUGCUUCUUCUUAUCCCAAGAGCUUUUCUCUUUUUCUCAAGGAAACGAUACACUCACAAGAAUUCUCUCAAUGGAAAAAGCCUCAUAAAUGGUAUAGGAUGGGUUUUGCAAGAGCUCUGCAGGGUUCCCUUCGCAUGGUUUGGUUUUCUGGGAUACUUAUUCUACCUGAUUUUAUUUCCCUGGUUCGCUGCACAAGUUUUUACUGAUGGUGGAGAUAGGGGAUACAUGACAUACAUGGGCUGGGUAGUGAAAUCCUCCAAUAAUAAGAAAAAUCUUGAUUAUAUUGGAUCUCCUGAUAUCAUGGUAGUUGUUCUUCCUCAUCUCAUCUUUGUGGUUUUACCAGCUAUUUUCUUCACAGGAGCUCUAGCAGCUGAGAGAGCUGUCUAUAGAGAUAAGUUUCUAUCAAUUUCAGGAAAGAAAGAAGAUGACUACAGUAGACUGAAUAAAAGAUCUCUUAGGUAUGAUUCCCGAGGCAGUAGAAGAUCAAAGUUUCAUUUUGGUGGGAAUUGGAUACGGUCAAUCCUUUUGAUUCUUUGCCUGGCAAUCUUUUGGAAGCAUUUUAAGAAUUGCAGAGCCCUCAUGAAAGCAUAUGAGAUGAAUCCAUUGCUUCAUUUUCCGGCAUAUACUCUUGGAAUUCCACUAUUGUUGGUUUAUGUUAUCCACCAAACUAGGAGGGAUUAACAAGUGAAGUUGGAUUUCUCUUCUCCAUUUUUUCUUUUUUGUGCUAUGCCAUAGGAAACUUUUUGUACUAUGGCAUGGAAGCACAAAGCAUCUCUGGUCCGGUUGGCUUAAUAUUUGGCCUAAACACACUGCACCUGCUGUCUACAGGGUUUGAUGCUUGAUGCUCCGUCAUCCUAGAUGGAGCUCAAAGUACACGAAAAGAUCACCAAGAUGAUUACAGCCUUAGCUGAACGCCUGGAUUAGUUGAAAAUGUAGUGAUAGCCUUUGAGGUAAUGUAAUACUACCUGACAACUAACAAGGGAACUUCGGAUAUGGAACCUUUGUCUUCUGAUUACAAUUUUGCCAUUUACCACUGUUAAAGACAAGCAACUGUUUUGCAUUAUAUUGAACCCUCUUUCUGGUUUUUACUUAUUUGGCCUUUGGUGUGGCUGAGAGCAUAAAUGCAAUUUGUUUCUCUGUAAUUGUUAACAGAAAGCUGGAGCUUCUAGAAGUUGCUCUAGAACUAAAGAACAAAACAAAGUUCUCUUUCUUCUUCUGAUAUUUUUGUGACAUAUGUGAAGCCACACGAGACUAGGGCAGCAUACGGUUCGGUUUAGCUCGAUUUUAGAAAAAAUUUAAAAUAAAAAAGAAAUGCUUUUUAAAAUU